AUGUUGGAAACGCUCGCAAAAGAACGUAAAAAAUUUCUCUCCGUAAAAAAUGCAUAUCGUAUAGCUUCCUACGACCUUAUACGCUAUCGAGCUCGUCCCGCUAUCAUCAAUCCUUUACCGGUAGAAAAAAUUGACGAGACUCUCCCGUGUGGCCUCGAUCCAGACUCAAAACAAUCGAGUUUUUCGGAAUCGAAACCUACCCCACUUGAAAACCAAUCUUAUCAUUCGUAUCUUAUUCCUGGUAGCAUAAUUGUUCUUUUGGCCUCUGUUCAUGCAUAUGCACCCAUCAUCGCGCGCGCUAUUCUUAAAGAAAAAGGGCGAAAGGGCAUCUGCGGCCCAUGGUACGCGCAAUUUAUUAUCAUCUCCUAUGUGAUAACCGGCUUCGUUGGUUUCAUACUAUUCACCUAUAUGAUCUUUAGAGCAUUUGAUUGCUUCAGAAACUUGCUGAUCAAAUUGCACCAAAAUUUGGUUAGCGCUUACAUCGACGAACGCUACAUUGAACAGAGUACAGCAAAUGUGGAAUAUUUAAAUAUUAAACAGCCACAUAAUCUUGACUAUUUUCUUAUGAAAGUGAAACGAAUUGUGGGUCGUGCUCAAACUACUCGCGUUCGUAUUCAUCUAUUUACGGUCACGUUUGCAUUUACUACUGGCACGACUUUGGCAAUUAUCUCGAUCGGUCAGGUACUGACCGGCAGUGACCAGUCACCACAACAAGGGGUUCUGGAAAAUCCACUGUCUAUUGUCAUGCUCAUUGAUUUGGUCAUCAUGUCAUUAUUAGUCGUUGCUGUUCUUCUUGUUAUCGCUGAAAUUAAUCAUGCAUCAACAACCAAACUCAGUUUGCUCCUACUACGUGUACAUCUCGAGGCAGUUCAUGACGAGGAGUUACACAUCGAAGAUGAUGACGAGGACAAUGAAAACUACAGACGAACAUCGGUCAAGGCUCAGAACACACUUCGCUAUCUGGAGACUGUUAUCGCACAUACGAAGACCGCUUUUGAGGAAUACAAAAUUAAACUUUUUGGUCUAGUCGUCGUUGACCGAAAUCUUGUCAUCAAAGUAGUGCUUUUACUGAUUACCAACGCUGCUGCGCGCUUAGUGAGGUGA